GCGGUACGAAAAUAGUUCGGCUGGAGCGGGAUUUGCUCAUUCUGACAGGCGGGAUGUGCCCCAGAGGGGCUGCGGAAAUUUUUAAAAUUGAUAGAUUACGAACUCACGCAUAGAACUGCGACUCUAACCAGGUGGGAUCGGGAUAAAACAUUCUGACUGGGCAGGAUGAGGAUACCGGAUGCUCUCGCAGGCUACGGGAAGACGGGAUUGGAUCAAAAAUAGCGGCGGGAUGCGGGAUUGAAACCCUCUAAAGUACACGUUUGCAACAUGUGACCAAGAUUACCCAGAACUCUUUGCCAGCAUUAUUCUGACGUGCCGUAGUUUACUGUAAAAUUUUGCUCAAAAUGGGCCUCGAAACAGUCGUUUCUCCUGUGUUAAACUUUAUUAAAUCUCUUUCAUCCCCAGUGCAAAUCCUUGGCUUGGUAGUAAUUGUUAUGAUUAUACGAAAACUUGUGCAGGCUAAAUUUCGCAAACCGCCUCCCCCUCCUCGAGAAAAACCACUCGAGCCCAUGAAGAAACGCGACUUCACUCCUGAAGAGUUGCUAGAGUACGAUGGCGUGAAAAAUAAGCGAGUGCUGCUAGCUGUUAACAGCAAGGUGUUUGAUGUAACCAGAGGAAAAGACUUCUAUGGUCCAGGGGGACCUUACAGUGUCUUUGGGGGACAUGAUGCAAGCAGAGGCCUGGCUACUUUUUCAGUUGGAGCUGAUGCCGUCAAAACUGAAUAUGAUGAUUUGUCAGACCUGAACAGCAUGCAAAGGGAUCAACUACACGAGUGGGAAACACAGUUCCUGGAAAAGUACGACAUGGUGGGACGGCUUCUGAAACCAGGUGAAAAACAUCAACAGUAUGAAGAAUCAGAAACGGAAGAAGAAGAUGGCAAGGGAGCAAAGAAAGAACAAUAACAAAAGAAGAGAGAACACACACAAUUCCAAAGUUGUAAAAAGAGAAGAGAUAUAUGAACAAACUGCGCCGUUCAAGUCUUAUCUUGACAAUACUUCUAGAGAGAAACUAUUGGACUUAAAAAAGUACGUCAAGAGUUUGGACUAAGGCCCGGUUCAAACGUCAAACUAUUCAUGAGCUGAACCUAAUGCCCCAAUCAAGUACAUGAUGAGAUCGAUGUUUGAAUCAAUUAAGUUUGUCAGAUGUUAUUUGGGUCGACCUGAGAAUUAAGUUCGACAUGGCCAGUUUGACUACGUAUACUGAGCAACUCCGAUUCAAACAUUGAACUUUUCAUGUACCGAACGUAAUGCACAAAUUAUUAUAUAAUACACUUUUUGAUCCCAUAACCCCGUUUCUUUCGCUCAAAGCAUGCUCAUCAAAGUGGGAAAAGAUGGCCAGAUGAGUGAAGAACACCAAAUCAAACAUGGCGUCAAAGCUAAAAGAUUGCAGUGUUUGUUUUUGUGACAUGAAAUAUGUUUGCAUCGACUACAAGAUACCUAUAUGUAACAGGUGCAGUGAUCUGGAAUUUAACGAAGAUAUAGAAGGCUGGAUUCCAGGAAAGCAAGUCGGAUACUGCUAUGGCUGUAUGAGAAAGCUGAAAUUUAAGGGAAAGUUCGAAGAAGGGAAACAUGAUUAUAACAGGGACAAUAGCAGUAAGCUUAAUACAGAAUUGGAUGGCACGAAAAACAAAAGCUCUUCUUCGCAUCUCACGACUCUCUGCAACGUCCACCAUGUUUGUUUGCCUUGGGCAUUGAACUGCUGACGGACCGCUGACUAUUGUAAAGCUCAUAAAUUAAGUAGAAUGAGAUUAAUUUCGACAUCUGAAUCAACUGUCAAACCUUAUCACUUGGAUCAAGCCAAAUAGGUAUUAAGUUCUGCUCAUGAAAAGUUCGACGUUUCAACCAGGCCUAACUUUAUUUUUUAACAAUAAUAUUGAUAAUGAGCUUGUUUCUGAAAGGAUUUGUUAAUAAUAGUUAUUUCAACUCAGUGUUAGCAGUUUUAAACAGAAUUGGUUUAGUAGACCUUGCCAGAACCAAGUCUUGUACUCUCUUUCUGAUUACCAAAUAUGUUUUUUUUAUUGUUGAGAGCAUGGGGUUACAUCAGAUUUUGUAAGGCCAUCUCCUAGUUUACAUCUCCAGAUCACAAGUUUACCUCAGAAUGUAUUUAAAUAUAAUAACUGAAGAAUCUCUUGGGAACAAAAUGGUUACACUGUUAUGUGGGUGCACUAUACAGGGAGUUAUACUCCUUCCACUUUUCUUGUUGUCCAACUUACUGUAAUGUAGCUUUGCAUGUGGAAACAUGGACCUCUGCUAAACAAAUGUAUUGCUUUUCAUAAUCCAUCAAAUAUUUUUGCAUGCGUAGGAUUGGUCUAAUUGCGCCACCUGACUGAAUGUGCCCCAGCUAAAACUGGGGUAUAUCCGAGUGAUGUGUCCCAAUUUUCAAAAAAGUGCUGCAUGGUGCAAAUAUAUUUGAAGGAUAAUAAACACAGUAACCUGCACUUGACUUUAAAUAUAUGCUCUGGCCAUUAUCACAUGCUCCUUACAGCUCACUGUUUUACUUUUCUAUGAAAACUGUGCGCUUCUGAUAACAGAUUGUCUGGGCAAAUAUUUUUGGGCUAACUGGAGGCUACUGUUUAUGUAACUUUUUUCUCAGCCACCUUAUUUCUCAAAGCUUGCUCAAAUGCGGAAAUUAGCCUGCAGAACAUGCAGCUUAGUGUGGCAGUGUGUGAAGCACGAUCCACAAACACAGAGCUGUUCUGCAAGCAAUGACAGCUUGAACAUGUGAAUCAGCACUAUGGGUGACACCACUCUGGUGGAGUAAUUAACUGAGCACUCGCACUUCUUUUUCUGUUGGUUUGUAGUUAUGUUCAAAGGAAGAACUCAAGUUUUCAUUCACAGCUAAUUUUAUCUGGGUUAUUGCCUCAUUCACUGAUAACGGAUGAGUGUAGCAUGGUAUUUACCUUUUACAGCGCACUUUCAUGUUUGACAUGUGACACUGUUAGCAAGUCUUAAAGUGGAUUAAUGCACAGUUAAGUGAGAAGUAUGAGUUGAUAUUUGUUGUGACUUACCAAUCAAAACUUUGUGGAAUACUGUAUUGCCUUUGAAAACAUUAAGAAUUAUUUUAAUUUUGUACAAGUUAAUUUUGUUCAUAUUUUAUUGUAUCAUCCAGUCACCAGAAUUAAGUUCAGUUUAUUAUUUAGCCCAUGAACAGAACUGUUUUCCAGGUACGUUUUAGGUUGGAUGCAGAGAGCUUGCUUGAUUCUUUGUAUGAUAGGUUACGAAAUGUGUCAUGCAAAUACACGUAUUGUCAAUUUUA